AAUUCCUGAGAGAUCAUCAUUUGCAAAACAACACAAUGUCUUCUAAUUGGAUUCACCUUCUGGGACUGCUGGCAGUGUUCCUUUUCGUAACCCUGGCAGCAGGAGAUCCAUUUCCCUUCGACGAGAGACGCCACAGAGGCUGGAACCCAAGGCCUGGAUCGAUGCCCCAGAUUCCCACCACCCCACCAUUCAAUCCUUACGGAUAAGGGAAAUGGUUUCAAUAUUUCCGAACAUACAAAGUGUCCCACAUAGAAAUAGUUUUUCUAUAUUAAGAACUCGGCUGACAAUCAUUUGGAGACCCACUCCACUUUUUGUUUUUUUGGUGUAAGGGCAAGAGAUGUCAAUUAAAUCUGAACAAUGCUUCAAUAAAAAUGUUUACAUCCCA